AUGGUAAAAGGCCGACGCCCCCCGCAUUUCGGCCGGCUUGGCCAGGCCGACCCCGGGCGGCCAAGGCUUUCUGGUCUAGAUCCUCGCCGGCCCAGCUGCACCGCCCCCGGGCUGGGGCUGGGGGUCCCGUCCAGGCACCCACUGCGCCCCAUGCGGGUCGGACCCGAGGCUGUUGCUUUGGGAGAUGAGGGCACAAUCGCACCCCCUCCACCCUCCCGUGUGACCUCACAUUUUGCAAGGGGCGCUAGCACUAGGCGCCCCCAUCUCCAGUACGUGGCCCCGGGCACGAUGAACCCCAACAGGCGCAGCCUCCCUUUCCCCCUGAACUGGCAGAUUGUGAGGGUCGGAACUGCUGAUUAUGGAGGGGGAGCCCCGGAUCAGGGUGAGGUGCAGCCUCCGGCUUCCUCCUACCUCUCCACCCAGUACCUGCAGAUGCCUAGUGACCAGCAGCUGGACUGUGCCUUGGACUUAAUGAGGCGUCUGCCUCCUCAACAAAUCGAGAAAAACCUCAGCGACCUGAUUGACCUGGUCCCCAGCCUAUGUGAAGAUCUCCUGUCUUCUGUGGACCAGCCACUGAAAAUUGCCAGAGACAAGGUGGUAGGAAAGGAUUACCUUUUGUGUGACUACAACAGAGAUGGGGACUCCUAUAGGUCACCAUGGAGUAACAAGUAUGACCCUCCUCUGGAAGAUGGGGCCAUGCCUUCUGCACGCCUGAGAAAGCUGGAAGUGGAAGCCAAUAAUGCGUUUGACCAGUAUCGAGACCUGUAUUUUGAAGGCGGUGUCUCCUCUGUCUACCUCUGGGAUCUGGAUCAUGGUUUUGCUGGAGUGAUCCUCAUAAAGAAGGCUGGAGAUGGAUCAAAGAAGAUCAAAGGCUGCUGGGAUUCCAUCCAUGUGGUGGAAGUACAGGAGAAAUCCAGUGGUCGAACUGCCCACUACAAACUGACCUCCACAGUGAUGCUUUGGCUGCAGACCAACAAAUCUGGCUCAGGCACCAUGAACCUCGGCGGCAGCCUUACCAGACAGAUGGAGAAGGAUGAAACUGUGAGUGACUCCUCCCCACACAUAGCCAAUAUUGGGCGCCUGGUAGAGGACAUGGAGAAUAAAAUCAGGAGUACGCUGAAUGAGAUCUACUUCGGAAAAACAAAGGAUAUCGUCAACGGGCUGAGGUCUGUGCAGACUUUGGCAGACAAAUCAAAACAAGAAGCUCUCAAGAACGACCUGGUGGAGGCUUUGAAGAGAAAGCAGCAAUGUUAAACCUCUGCUUCCUGCUAACCGGACACCAUGCACUCUUUAGAGUCCUUUCUUAGAAACUUGUUUUCUGCUCCCUGCCCUCACCCCCACCUCCCCACAGGUCACAUAACAACUUGCUCAUGAUGCCCAGCACCAUCGCACCAGAAUAAAGCCUGAACUGCCCUCCUGUCUCUGAGGCUUACCUGCCACCACAUUCGCCACCAAGUCUCGCAAUUUCUGUAGAAACUGUGUGUUUUAUGUUUCCCAGCCUCUUGUCCUUCCCCAGCCCGUUUACAGGCAUAAAAACUGUCUGCCUCCCCUCCACGCCCCUCCCUUCUCCUGCCUUUUUUGUUACAUUGGUGUAAAAAAUGUAAAACAAAAAAAUUUUAUGAACUGUGGUGUGUGAACGAUAGAAGAAAAACUGGAAAUCUGAUUCCAAGUGUGUUUGGGAGUUGCUUGGGAUUGGGGCUGUGGGGGACAGGGGACAGUUCUGGGAGCAGGGAGGCCCCCAGCACUGCCCUGUACACUGGCCCCUAUCCCGUGGAGACCACAUUGGGGUUCGGGGUGGGGGUGGGGACCUGCCGACCGUUCUGCUCUUCUGGCCAGGUGCUUUUCUGUCAAUUUUUAUGGAAUGCAAAGGAGUUUUUGUUUGUUUUAUUUUUUGGUUUUUUUUUUUUUUUUUUUUUGUAAAGCUUAAAAAAAUCUACAUCUUAUACUUGAGCUUCCAUACUUAAAAAAAAAAAAGAAGGAAAAAUAACAAAAAAAAUAAUAAAAACAAAACUGGGACUCAA